UCUCUUUCUCUCCUCUAGCAUGGAAAUGAAUCCACCCUGAGCCCAGAGGGGACCUGCAGGGUGCGGACUCUCCAACCAGGCACAUGGGAGAAUGUGGUGGGGUUCCUGGUACCAUCCAUCCCCAUUAGACCCAUCUCUUACUUCAACACCUUCCUGUGUUCACGCUGGGACUUUGACAUGGUCCCGUAUUCCCUGGACAAGCUCUUCGGGGGCACCAUCUCUUCCGUUGUGGAAGCCCAGCCUCAAUGGCACCACCUGCCGUACGUCCCCAAAUUCACGAUCAAGGAGACUUGUGUGCCAGAGAACUCAACUAGAGCAGACCGGGAGCCUCCCUUGCACCUUCUCAUUGCUCACGUGGAACGUCUAGAGCCUACCAAGGAAGAGACAGCUCCUGCUCCAUAUCGAGAAGAAAAUGAGCCUUCUAUGCAGCCAGUGCCAGCACCUGAGAAAAAGCCUCUAAUGGAGAUAGGAGAGGAGCAGAAGCCAGCUGCAGAGCACUCUUUGCUCUCUUCUGUGAAUGAGAAGAUCAGGUCUGCGCAGAAGUUUCUGUUAGCCUUCCCUCCCGUGUUGCUGGCGCAGCAGCUGAACAUGACGGACCCGGUGAGCACUGGUCAGUGUGGGGCAGGAGGGGCGGCCCAUCCUUCUGAGACAGAAAACAGCAGGUCCACACAGGAGGUGCUCUUAGCCUUCCUUCACGGGCUGCUGGCGCAGCAGAUGACCCUGCUGGAUGCAGUGGGGACUGAGACUGUGGGGCUGGUGGGGCAUGCCGUCCUUCCAUCACCUCUGCUCUCUGUCCCACCACUCCCAGAUGACAUGGAACUGGGACAGAUGAAAGUUCCAUAUUGUGCAUAACGCACGGCCUACAUCUGUCUCUUGGCACGUGAGCCAACCCUGUGCUCAUGUGGGUGUAGACAAUGGAGAUGGGGCACGGAUGACACCAGCUUUCCAUGGUGACUAAGAGGUCCACCUAAGAUUGAGUCAAUGGAAUACAGCACAGAGAGUUGGCUUAGAUGAUAAAGGAAGGUGUUCAGAGAGCUGUAGGCAGGACUACGUGUCACUAGCCAUCUUCCUAGGAAGAUUUGAAAUACACAACAUUUUUCAGCAGAUAUGACAACAGGUCUCCUAGUUCUAGUUGACGCCGGACAUUUGCCAUUGCAGUGGAUAAAGAGCAGAGG